UUGUAUUAGAAUGAUAUGUAUAAUACAUAUAUAUUAUAUAUUUAUAUACGAUGUAUCCAUACAACUAAUGUGUAAAUUAAUUAAUGACCCGGAUCUGGAACUGGAAACGGCAUGCAUAAAAUGUAAGAUAGCGCAGAUGAGAUGAACGCCAUCAAGAUUGAGAUGUUGAGAUUGCGAUUGCGACUGCGAUUGCGAUUCAUUCAUCCAUUCAUUCACGCACGGUUUGCUUUGAAUUAAUUAAUGGAGUCCUUGGAGGAGGGCAUUGGCGUGUACAUGGGCGACGGGGGCGGCGAGCAGGUGCAGGAGGACGACGAGAUUGUUAAUAAUAAUAAUAAUAAUAAUAAUAGUGGUAGUAGUACCGUGCAUCAGCAUCAUCAUCAUCAUCAUCCCUUCAACAUUAAUGACAUGCAGCAGGAGCAAUCCUCCUCCCCGGAUGCAUACGGGGUGCAUCAUCAGGGCGGCGACGAUUUUGCUGAUCGGUUCCAAUCUGCAGUCGGUGAGGAGGAGGAGGGAAUUAUUUUCACCUCCUCUAACAGCGGCGGACCGACGCUUCCAGAUCCAAGCCAGAUGCGUCAAGAGGGCGCCGCUUUCCGCGAAUGGCGACGGCAAAACCUCAAGUAUCUGGAGGAGAAGGAAAAGAAGGAGAAGGAGUGGCGGAAUGAAAUAAUAAGUGAAGCGGAGGAGUACAAGCGACAGUUUUAUGAGAAGAGAAAGCAGAGCUGCGAGAGCAGCACAAGUCAGAACAGGGAGAGGGAGAAGGUGUACCUGAGGCAGCAAGAGAAGUUCCACAAGGAAGCUCACAAGCAAUACUGGAAAGCAAUAUCAGAGCUGAUACCCCGAGAGGUGGCCAGCAUCAAUGAGAAGCGGAGGAGGAAGAAGAAGGUGGCGGUGGAAGAUCAGCAGCAGGCAGCAGCAGCAGCAGUAUCAGUUGUGGUGAUUCAGGGGCCAAAGCCCGGGAAGCCUACGGACAUGUCGAGGAUGCGCCAAGUGCUUCUCAAGCUCAAGCAAAACCCCCCACCUCACAUGUUGCCGCCGCCGGAGCCGGACAAUAAGAAUGAUGGAAAAGCAGCAGCAGCAGGAGCAGGUGGUAGGAAAAAGGACAAAAGGGAGGAGGAGGAGGAGGAUGAUGGAGUUAAGGCGGGUACCACUCCAACAACAACAAGUAGUCCCGGAGGAGGAGGAGGAGGUGCUGCUGCUGCUUCUGCUUCUGCUAAGGCUGAAACUGAACCUGAACCUUCUUCGCUGCUCAUCGGGUAAAAUACUAGCUUAGCUUGCUAGUAUAUUAAAUAUACUAUAAUGCUGAUGAUGAUGAUGAGAGAGAGAGAGAGAGAGAUCAGCAUAUA